AUGUUCAGCAAGGCUAUCAUUUCUUUUGCUCUCGCAGCCUCUGCGCUCGCCAACGUCUUCAUCACCUCCCCUGUGGCAACUUCCACUUUUGCGGCUGGUCAGCAGGCGACUAUCAAUUGGCAAGAUGAUGGCAUGUCUCCGAACCUCGCUUCUUUCGGCGCUUCUCUCGUUGGUAUCUACACUGGCAAUGCCAACCAACAGACAUUACUGCAAACUAUUAACCCCAGCGUUGACGUGUCGACCAGUUCGUCAAUCAGCUUCACCCCCGAUGGGUCCAUUGGACCUGACAGCAGUGAAUAUUUUGUUCGCUUCACGUCGCUCAGUUUGAAAGAUGCCGCCAACCCUCAAUUCCCUGCUGAGGCCUUCUCUGCUAAAUUCUCGAUGACUGGCAUGACUGGAACGUUCAACUCUACUGUCCAAAAUGAAAUCAAUGGACAAUCGACGGCUCCCAUUGGCGGGACGGCAACUGCUAGUGCCUCUGUAUCUAUGAAGACCGUUUCCACCUCCUCCACUGCCUCUGCCUCCGGCUCAAAAACAUCAACUUCGGCUACUGCUACUGCUACUACUACCAAGACUGGUGCCGCAGGCAAGGUUGGCAUCACUGGCAUCACAUGCUUCGUUGGCGCUGCUGCAUCUCUCCUCGGCGCAAUGCUUCUGUGA